AUAUAAGUUUAUAACCAACAACAAUUACAAAACCCUAACCCUAAGGAGAAGAUCAGCAAUUGCCCUCUAACUCGCCGUACAUUCAUUCGCCGUCUUCUCGAAGGUUAGUUAAUCAGUAUGUCGUUCGGAGAACUUGCUGCCACUUACGCAUGCUUGAUCCUCCACGAUGAGGACAUUCCAAUCACCGCUGAGAAAAUUUCAGCUCUAGUCAAAGCAGCUAAUGUGACAGUGGAGCCCUACUGGCCUCUCCUGUUUGCUAAACUUGCUGAGAAGAAAAAUAUUGGUGAUCUCAUCAUGAAUGUUGGUGCUGGCGGUGGUGGUGGUGCAGUUGCUGUUGCUGCCCCCACUGGUGGUGCUGCUGCUGGUGCUGCGGCUGCUGCUCCUGCUGCCGAGGAAAAGAAGGAAGAGCCUAAGGAGGAAAGUGACGACGACAUGGGAUUCAGUCUGUUUGAUUAGGAGCUCCUCCCAGUACGAUUUUUAGUUCUUUUUUAAAAUUUUGAUGAGACCUGGAUAUAGCACCCGUGUUAAGGAGAUUUUUGAUCUGCUUGUCACAGUAAAAUGCAACCUUGACAUUUUAUGUUUUAUGAACAUCAGUUAUGUUACUUUUACUUAUUAGUUAUUACCAACUCCAA